AUGUCAACGCCUCAGUUCUCUCAUCCAUUUACUCUGGAAGAAGCCAUGCAGUUCGAAGUGGGACUCAUUACAGGAGAAAUUGCGAGGCUAGAGAAUUCUCUGCAACAUCUUUUCACUACGCAAGAACAACUGGAAGAGGCAAUCGGAUGGGAGACAGAACCCGAUCCGGACCUUCUAGGGGCACUCCAGGACAACAGGGUGGUUAUUGCAUCGCAAACCGAACGCAUCGGUAUUCUAAGAGUAGCUUUGGAGAGAAAAGGCCUCGCCUCGGCAAACAACCCGCAUUACGAUCAGAAUAUCCCACCAUCGGAAGGUGAAAACCGCGAUCCCGACAUUGGAGUGUUUCUGUGAAAAUCAAGGAGUUAACGUGGUUGCCCCCGAUGAUGGAUCCUAUAGUGGUUUGAUGAAUGAACACACGUGGGGACUUUCAUACAGGUCUUCAGAAUGUAGCAGAAAAUGAAUCAUUGGCAAUAUAUGUAAUGCAUGGCACCCG